GAAAAUGAUUUGCUUGCUCUCUCACAGUCAUGCAUUCUUUGCUUUCCUUGAAAACGGCCGUCUGUAGGUACUGUAAUUCAUACACGUGUCAUUUGGAAGAGAGGUUUUCACAGUCAGGACCACUUACCACGUUUUGCAGGAUCUCCUGAGGAAGGCAGAACCUGAGCCAGCACGAAGACUGAAUCUUGUCUUUGGUCUGAUUUAUAAACCAUACUUUUAUUGUGAUCAUGUGCAAGGUGGAGGUCAUAGCAUGGAAACUAAAAUCUUACUUCCUGCUUGACAUAACUCACUUCAAGAAGUGCACGAUGUCAGAACGUGGAAUUAAGUGGGCUUGUGAAUAUUGUACGUAUGAAAACUGGCCGUCUGCAAUCAAGUGUACUAUGUGUCGUGCCCAAAGACCUAGUGGAACUAUUAUUACAGAAGAUCCAUUUAAAAGUGGUUCAAGUGAUGUUGGUCGAGGUUGGGAUCCUUCCAGCACCGAAGGAGGAAGUAGUCCUUUGAUAUGCCCAGACUCUAGCGCACGACCGAGGGUUAAGUCUUCGUACAGCAUGGAAAAUGCAAAUAAAUGGUCUUGCCACAUGUGCACAUAUUUGAACUGGCCAAGAGCAAUCAGAUGUACCCAGUGCUUAUCCCAGCGUAGGACCAGGAGUCCCACAGAGUCUCCUCAGUCCUCAGGAUCUGGCUCAAGACCAGUAGCUUUUUCUGUUGAUCCUUGUGAGGAAUACAAUGACAGAAAUAAACUGAACACAAGGACCCAGCAUUGGACUUGUUCUGUUUGCACAUAUGAAAACUGGGCCAAGGCUAAAAAAUGUGUUGUUUGUGAUCAUCCCAGACCUAAUAAUAUUGAAGCAAUAGAGUUGGCCGAGACUGAAGAGGCUUCUUCAAUAAUAAAUGAGCAAGACAGAGCCCGAUGGAGGGGAAGCUGCAGCAGUAGCAAUAGCCAAAGAAGAUCGCCGCCUACUACGAAACGCGACUCCGAGAUGAAGAUGGAUUUUCAGAGGAUUGAAUUGGCUGGUGCUGUUGGCAGCAAGGAGGAGCUUGAAGUGGACUUUAAAAAACUAAAGCAAAUUAAAAACAGGAUGAAAAAGACCGAUUGGCUCUUCCUCAAUGCUUGUGUUGGGGUUGUAGAAGGUGACUUAGCUGCUAUAGAAGCGUACAAGUCAUCAGGAGGGGACAUCGCGCGGCAGCUCACUGCGGAUGAAGUGCGCCUGCUAAGCCGUCCUUCUGCCUUUGACGUCGGCUACACUCUGGUGCACCUGGCCAUACGCUUCCAGAGGCAGGACAUGCUGGCCGUGCUGCUCACGGAGGUGUCUCAACAGGCAGCCAAGUGUAUUCCAGCAAUGGUGUGUCCUGAGCUGACCGAGCAGAUCCGGCGAGAGAUAGCUGCCUCUCUCCAUCAGAGGAAGGGGGACUUCGCCUGCUACUUCCUCACGGACCUUGUGACGUUCACGUUGCCAGCAGAUAUUGAAGACUUGCCUCCAACAGUCCAAGAAAAAUUGUUUGAUGAGGUGCUGGACAGAGAUGUUCAAAAAGAGUUAGAAGAAGAAUCUCCAAUUAUAAACUGGUCCUUGGAACUGGCUACACGCUUGGACAGUCGACUGUAUGCACUUUGGAACCGGACCGCAGGAGACUGCCUACUUGACUCAGUGCUGCAGGCGACCUGGGGCAUUUACGACAAGGACUCGGUGCUUCGGAAAGCCCUGCAUGACAGCCUGCACGACUGUUCACAUUGGUUUUACACGCGCUGGAAAGACUGGGAGUCGUGGUAUUCGCAGAGCUUUGGUUUACACUUUUCCUUGCGGGAAGAACAGUGGCAAGAAGACUGGGCAUUUAUACUGUCUCUCGCUAGUCAGCCUGGAGCAAGUUUGGAGCAGACACACAUUUUUGUACUUGCACAUAUUCUUAGACGACCAAUUAUAGUUUAUGGAGUAAAGUAUUACAAAAGUUUCCGGGGAGAAACUUUAGGAUACACUCGGUUUCAAGGUGUGUAUUUGCCUUUGUUGUGGGAACAGAGUUUUUGUUGGAAAAGUCCAAUUGCUCUGGGCUAUACAAGGGGCCACUUCUCUGCUUUGGUUGCCAUGGAAAAUGAUGGCUAUGGCAACCGAGGUGCUGGUGCUAACCUGAACACCGAUGACGAUGUCACCAUCACCUUUCUGCCUUUGGUUGACAGCGAGAGGAAGUUACUCCACGUGCACUUUCUUUCUGCCCAGGAGCUAGGUAACGAGGAGCAGCAGGAGAAGCUGCUCCGCGAGUGGCUGGACUGCUGCGUGACCGAGGGCGGCGUCCUGGUGGCCAUGCAGAAGAGCUCGCGGAGGCGCAACCACCCCCUGGUCACGCAGAUGGUGGAGAAGUGGCUUGACCGCUACCGGCAGAUCCGGCCUUGCACAUCCCUGUCUGAUGGAGAGGAAGAUGAGGAUGAUGAAGAUGAAUGAACAAUCGAAGCAGAAGACCAAGGUACUGGCUCUGUGGUGACCCCAAAGUCAGUGUGGCGUUUCAAGUGGAGUGCAUGGCAUGGACCCCAGGAGCCCAGCAGGACCUGCCCGGAGGGGUUUCUGAUCCACACCCAGUGGAGCGGUGCGCCUGCCGAGCGAGGACACAGAACUUUGACUACAGUUUGUAAAAAACUAAUUUCACUGAGACAGAACUCUUUUCCUUUCAAACCGUAAAUCUGUCUAUAAAUGUAACGCAUGUGGUUGUGUAAGAAGUUGUGUAAUAGGAAAAGUUGUACCAGCAUCUUCAUAUCACUGAGAAGUUUUUCCAGCAUGGGCACCUCCAGAAGCACAUGGCAGAUGACACUGUUCCUUUGAGAUUUUUUUUUAAGUAGAACCUGGCAUUCU